UUCGCUGUCCCUUACCUACGCAACUCUACAUCGCAGCAUCUACUUCAUUCUCUCUCUAUCAUUUUCUCUCUCCCUCUCUCUGCUGCCGGACAGCAUGAUGAACUCGCGCUACUCGGCGCAACUGGCGCCACUCCUCCUCCGUCAUGGGAACAGGAUCGCUUUCUCCCGCGCUGCUCGCCUCCCGCGCACCUUGCCUGCUGUCGCCAUCUUGACUCCCCGUAUGAGUGCUUCAACAGACUCGCAACAUCACUCGGGACAGAAUAGUGGCCCACCACCGGGCUUCAACAUCGAGCAGGCUAAGAAACCGCUCAGUAAGGAGUCCGACAAGAAGGCCACAGAUCACAAAAUCACCAUUCCUGCCGACCAGCCUACCGAAAGUGCCCCGACCUCGGCUGCGGAACAGCAGGCGUUGAAUGAGAUUGCCGCUCAGACAGCUGCCGAAGAGCAUGCAGAGACGACAAAGGAGGUUGCAAAGAAGGACGAGGAGGAGAAGAAAAAGAAGAAGUUGACCUUGUGGCAGAAGGUCAAGCACGAAGCACAGCAUUAUUGGGAUGGAACCAAGCUGCUCGGCACAGAAGUGCGCAUUUCAUGGAAACUGGCCUUCAAGAUGGCUGCUGGAUACGAACUCACCCGCCGAGAGCACCGACAACUCACUCGAACGGUACAGGAUUUGGGUCGACUGGUCCCAUUCUCCGUCUUUGUCUUGGUGCCCUUUGCUGAGCUGCUCCUCCCCGUUGCUCUGAAGCUCUUCCCCAACAUGCUUCCUUCCACGUACGAGAAUGCAAAGACCAAGGACGCGAAGGCUGUCAAGCUGAGGUCAUCUCGUAAGGAGGUCUCCAACUUCCUGCGCCAGACCAUGCGAGAGUCUGGCUUGCCCGUCUCGGCCACCACUGCGCAAAAGGAGGAGUUUACAGAGUUCUUCCGCAAAUUGAAGACGACGGGAGAGGAGCCCACCAAGUCCGACAUCAUCAAAGUCUGCAAGCUCUUCAAGGAUGAUUUGACCCUGGAUAACUUGUCGAGGCCACAACUCAUUGGCAUGUGCAAGUACAUGAACCUAGGCACAUUCGGCACGGACGCCAUGCUGCGGUAUACGGUGCGCCAUCGCAUGCGACAGAUCAAGCGCGACGACAAGGCUAUCAGCUACGAAGGAGUGGAAUCGCUGUCUGUCCCAGAACUGCAGAAUGCCUGCGCUGCCCGCGGACUACGAACACAUGGUAUGAGUCCUGGUCGUCUGCGAGAUGAUUUGCAAAUGUGGCUCGAUCUCCGUCUCAAGUACGGUGUUCCGAGCACACUGCUGGUCCUGAGCAAUGCCUUCAUGUACGCGACUGGCAAGGAGAAUGAGUUUGAGGGCCAAAUGUCGGCACUGCAGGCCGUCCUGGCCAGCAUUCCCGAAGAGCUCUUCCACGAGAUUGAACUCGAGGUCCACACUGCCGAGGGUGCUACCACCAACAAGCAGAGACUGCAAGUCAUCAAGGAGCAGCAAGAGUUGAUUCAAGAGGAGAAUGAGCAGGCCGAGGAACAAAAGGCUUCCGGUCGGGAAGAAGUGGUCGACGACAAGGAGAAUAUCGACGAGAAGGAUGAGGAGCAGAGACAAUCCGACGCUCUCGCCCACUCGAAAGCACAGGCUGAAUCCGACAUGCUCGAGUCCGAGCAAGACCUGGACAAGCAGCAAAAGUCUUCCUCAGACGGCGCCGGCCCUUCUUCAGUACAGGAGAAGAAGUCGACGUAAGAGACGGCAAGGGGCGUGCAUGUAACGAUUAUGGCAGUUAGCGAGGGGCACUCUUGAAUAGAGGCAUAGAUUGGCGACGUGGCGUUUUGAAGCCUCAAUUCAUUAUGUGUAUCAGUCCAUGAUGGACCAAAGAGGGGCAAUAGAGAAAAGUCAGGUAGCAUCAUCAUCAUCAUCAUCACCAUCAUGAGAAAUUUUGCUGUAAUAUGCCAAGAAUGACAAUGUGGAGGAAAGAGGGGGAAGAGAGAGUAUGAAAGAGAUACUACACUGCUCACUCCAAAGUAUGCAUGGCAAGAAACAAAGGUAUAGCA